AUGAAAGAUGUUUUCCAGCUGAACCAUUGGCUUGUUGACAACGAGGACAAUGAGGACAAUGCGAACAAGAAGGACAACGAGGACAACGAGGACAACGAGGACAACGAGGACAACGAAAUGAGCACUCUUACCACCGUCUUUUAA